CCCCCUUUGCCAGUCGACGAAGUACUGUGCAUAGUACCAAAGGCAUUGUGACAUGCACGCAACCUCUAGCUGCAGCUGCAGGCCAGAAAAUCCUCAGCAAUGGCGGCAACGCUGCUGACGCCGCAAUUGCCGUAGCCGCCGCAUUGAACAUAACAGAACCCUCUUCCACUGGCAUCGGAGGAGACAUGUUCUGCCUCUACUACGAUGCCAAGACAAAGAAGGUGCAUUCCAUCAACGGCUCCGGCAGAUAUCCUGGCAGCGCAACGUUGGAAAAGGUGCGAGAGGAUCUCAAACUAGGCCCCGGCGAUUCGGGGAAAAUUCCCAUGGAUAGUGUCCUUGCAGCCACAACUCCUGGAGCUGCUGCAGGGUGGGUGGACACAUUCGAGAAGUUCGGAAGUGGGAGGUUGACAUUGGAGGAUGUUUUGCGUCCCGCAAUUGAACUGGGCGAAGAGGGAUUCCCUGUGUCUGAAUUGGCCUCAUAUUUUUGGCAUGAAAGCGAGCACUUAAUUCGCGCUGCCUCUCCCAACUUUAGAGAGAUGCUCAAAUCCGAUCCCACGGCUAAAGACGGCUGCCGUAGCCCUCUGCCCGGUGAAAUCCUGCGCAACCCAACCCUCGCACAGACAUUCCGCUCCCUAGCUGCUCACGGCAAGAAGGGCUUCUACGAGGGUCGCAUUGCCGAAGAGAUCGUCAAAGUCGUCCAGGACCUGGGAGGCUACAUGACACUAGACGACCUGAAGUACCACGCCCAGGUUGGAAGCCAAGAGACGGAAGCCAUCUCCCUCAAAUUCACGGGACAGGGUAUCGUCUCGAAGCAGACUGACGGCACCACCGACGAGACCAACGAGGGCGUCGAGAUCUGGGAGCACCCACCGAACGGCCAGGGCAUAGUUGCUCUCAUGGCCCUGGGCAUCCUCGAGGAGCUCGAACGUACCGGCAAGAUCCCUAUCUUCAGUGAAGCCCAACACAACUCGGCCGAGUACCUUCACGCGCUCAUCGAAUCCCUCCGGAUCGCCUUCGCCGACGCCUCCUGGUGGGUCACCGACCCGGACACCAACAAGAUUCCCUCGCAGGACCUUAUCUCCAAGGCCUAUCUCGCCGAGCGGGCCAAAUUGUUCAAUCCGGACCGGGCCUCCGACAUCAUCGACCACGGCAGCCCAGCCCACAACCACUGCGACACGGUCUACUUCUCCGUCACCGACAGCGAGGGCAACGGCAUCUCCUUCAUCAACAGCAACUACGGCGGCUUCGGCACCUGCAUCAUCCCCCAGGGCUGCGGGUUCACGCUCCAGAACCGCGGGGCCAACUUCUCCCUGAACCCCGACCACCCGAACGUCCUGGCCCCCCGGAAACGGUCCUACCACACCAUCAUCCCGGCCAUGGUCACGAACGUCUCGGACGGAUCGCUGCAUUCCGUGUACGGCGUCAUGGGCGGGUUCAUGCAGCCGCAGGGCCACGUGCAGGUGUUGCUCAACAUGCUCGCCUUCGGCUACCACCCCCAGGCGGCGCUGGAUUCCCCGCGCAUCUGUAUCGCGGCGGGCGAGCACAUUCCCGGAAAGAGCGUCGACCGCGCGGUCUACGUGGAGGAAGGCAUCUCCGAGGCGGCGAUCGAGGGCCUGAGGCGUCUGGGCCACGAGGUGAAGGUCUUGGCCGGCUGGAAGAGGGGCAUGUUUGGGCGGGGCCAGAUCAUCCGGUGCCACUAUGAUGAAGGAAAGCUGAUCUACAGUGGUGGAAGUGAUCUCAGAGGAGAUGGGUUGGCGAUUCCGAUCUUGUAGUCGCGUAUGUACAUCCAGGGGCUUGAAUGUGUAUCUCUGUACAUCUAUGAAUACAGUUCGUUAC